UCGAAAACAUUUCAAGUGUGAAAUCAAAUUGAACCAAUUGUUUCAAUUUAGUACAAUUAGGUAGUAUAUUUUAUUUAGAAUUGACCGUUUUCUUUUGCCACUAAAAACUCAUGCAUUUUUCAUCAGGAUAAUGCAUGGUGCUGAUACUGAAAGUUGAAGGAUGUUAGCUGUCAUAUAAAUACAAUUUUUUUUUCAUAAUUUUGUUAAAAGCAAAGUAUUUUACCAGAACACUUGAAUACAGAAGGUUAUUGAGAUGGAAGGCAGACGGACAUUAUCAGGACUACAAUACAAAGUAGAAGACAAUCCCCCAUGGAUAACAACAGUAUUUCUAGCUUUUCAGCAUUAUUUGAUGCUUCUUAGUUCGAAUUUAGCCACUCCUAGACUAGUUGCUAUAACCAUCUGUGCUCAAGGUGACGUAGAGGUCGCGUCCAUUCUAUUAGGGAACAUGUUGUUUGCUUGCGGUAUCUGCACAGUCAUUCAGUUCUUCUUUGGUGUAAGACUACCUAUUGUUCAGUGUCCACAAUAUGCGUAUGUUGUUCCCGCCAUAGUGCUCACGUCGUUUGACGAAUGGAAAUGUCCAGACAUAUCUGUUGCGUCAUCGAAUACGUCAAAUGUUGUUAUAACUAACUUUACAUUAGGUAAUUUUACAGACAUUAAUGAACAACCGUAUUGGCAACAACGUCUUAAUAUGAUAACUGGUUCACUUAUGGUAGCUUCAGUAUUUGAGAUAAUAUUGGGAGCCAGUGGUAUCUUAACGAUUUUACUUAGAUUUAUUGGCCCCCUAACCGUCGCACCAACUAUCAUGAUGAUGGGGCUUGGUGUGUUACAACCAGGCUAUGAACUGGCUGGAAGUCACUGGGGUAUUGCAUUUGGAACCAUGGCAAUGAUUGUGAUGCUGUCAGAGUGCAUACCCAAGUUCAAUGUCUCUUUACCAUGUCAUGUUAUACUAACUGCCAAGCAAGAAGCAUGUACCAAGAAACAAAUACACAAAAAGACAGAAAUUGUUGCCCAUAAGAUGUUCUCAGUGAUAAUCUCUGUAAGUGUGAUGUGGUUACUGUGCUACAUACUGACAAUCACAGAUGUAUUCCCUGACGGAGAAGAUGUUUAUGGGUAUCAUGCACGUACAGACGUAAGAGACAACCAGCUGAAAACAGCACCGUGGUUCUCCUUUCCAUAUCCAGGAAAGUUUGGAAUGCCAACAUUUAACUCUGGAUUGUUGGUUGCAUUUAUCGGUGGUGUAUUCACAUCAACAAUCGAAUCUAUCGGUGAUUACUACACAUGCGCAAGAAUUGCUGGCGCAGUGCCUCCUCCACCCUCUGCAGUGAAUAGAGGUAUCUUGAUAGAGGGAAUAGACUGCAUAAUAGCUGCAUCUGUAGGUGCUGGGUUUGGCGUAACUUCUUGUAGUCAGAACAUUGGAGCUAUUAGUCUGACAAAGGCAAGAAUAUUUGUCAUAAAGAGAGUUAUUAGUCUAAAACGGAUAAAUGCAAAUAUAUUGGAGCAACAAAGAUAAAACGUAUAUGAAAACAGGGGCCAUGUGUUUGAAAAAGGCUAAACUUUCUUUUGUGAAUUGCUAAUAUGCGAUUAUUUCUUAUCCUAACAUUUGGAAAUUGGCAGUUUUCUGUCGGGUAGAACGAAAUGGAUUCAGUUUACUCAAAUUUUGGGGCAUGGCAUUUCUUUUUUCAGUUUUUUAAAAUCCCAAUUAUUUAAGUUUUGCAAUCUCACAGAACACACAUAUUAUAUCAUUGGCUUUUUCAUAUUUCGCAGAAAACAUACAUUUUAUAACUUUUUCUUUCGUUUAACUGUACAUUGUAUGUCUUGUUAAUAUUAUCGUACUUGACCUAAUUUAGGUUGGUAGUAGAAGGGUUGUAUUGAUAGCUGGUAUUCUAAUGAUGAUAUUUGGCUGUUUUAACAAAUUCAGUACCUUAAUGGUUACCAUACCAGAUCCCAUAGUCGGUGCCUCCUUCAUUGUACUAUUUGGUAGGUACUAAACCUGUGGUGUAGGCAGCUUAAUUGUAUAAACACGUCUUUAUAUUAUUACAAUGAUAAAACGGCAGACAACAAAGAGUUUGUCCAUAUUACAUGGAUGCCCCACUCACACUAUCUUUUCUAUGAUCAUUAAAAUUGGGAUAAAAACUUUAAUUUUACAUUAAAAUUAGAAAGAUCAUUUCAUAGGAAACAUGUGUACUAAGUUUCAAGUUGAUUGGACUUAAACUUCAUAAAAAACACCUUGACAAAAAACUUUAACCUGAACCGGGCCAGACUGACGAACGAAUGAACGGACACACAGACCAGAAAGCAUAAUGCCCCUACAAUCGUAGGUGGAGCAUAACAAUAUGUGUGGAAGUACUUUUUCAACUGGUCCAAAGUGCAUGUAGCUUUUCUUAAUGUCAUUAGGCAUAAGAACAAACGUGCCAAGUGAUGAAACAUUGAAAUCUGUUACUUUGAUUUGACCGAUUCCUAAGAGCAAAUUUUUUAAAUGAUAAUAAUGUGAGGACAUUUUCUUAAAAUAUAGUUUUCAAUAUAUAGAAUGUUUAAAUCAAACAUUAUGUGCACGUUUAAUACUUUGUUUGUUCAUAUUCUGACAUGUAAAUAAGUUAAUAUCAUGGGACGGAAUUCUAACCAUAAUUGGUACCAAUUCAACAACAGGAAUCUGUUUAAAAAGGUUAAGUUUGAGUAUUGUAUUAAGAUUAGUCUACCUGCUCUCUACUGUUCAAUAUCUAUUUUCAAAACUUAUGUCAGGAGUGCUGGCAGCUGUUGGAGCCUCUAAUCUACAAUAUGUUGACCUUAACUCUACCAGAAAUAUGGUAGUGUUUGGUAUCUCUCUGUUCAUGGGCUUUGCUUUGCCAAUAUGGACACAACAAAAUGAAGCCAUUUUCAAACAAGGUAAAUUUAUAUCAAUUUUACAUAAACUGCAUACGUUAUAAAGCUGUUUAAAAAAAAAUAACACAGCAAUAGUUUCUACUUGAAUCUUAGUAUAAGGACAUCUUGGUCCAGCUUUCUUUAAAAAAAAAACAAUUUUCUUUCAGGGAAAUUGAACUGAAGUAUAAAAUUAUUCAAGUGUUAUCACAAAUUACACGGACU